GCGCUGUCCACUUGAGGCAGGAAGGCCAGGUGUUCCUUAUGCUCCUCGGACAAUUCCAGCAGCAUCUUCACUGUCCUACGAUUUCACCCGGCAGCGCCGACCCCGCCUUCGCCACUUCCGGCGCCCGUGUCCCGGCGCCUAGAGGCUCCGGCGUCGCAGCGUCCGGAGCUUUGGGUUCCGGCCUACGAACUAACGUCUUACACUCGGACGUUCCCGGCAGCGCAGGCUGAGCUUUAGAAGAAGAAGAGGAAGAGAAAGAAGUGGAAGAGGAGGAAAAAGAAGAAGCAUUAGCAGGCUAGGCACAGUGGUUCAUGCCUGUAAUCCCAGCGCUUUGGGAGGCCAAGGUGGGAGGAUCGCUUGAGCCCAGGAGUUUGAGACCAACCUGGGCAACAUGCUACUAAGAAGUCUGGGCCGGGUGCGGUGUCUCAGGCCUGUAAUCCCAGCACUUUGGGAGGCUGAGGCAGGAGGAUCACGAGGUCAGGAGAUUGAGACCAUCCUGGCUAACACGGUGAAACCCCGUCUCUACUAAAAAUACGAAAAAUUAGCCGGGCAUGGUGGCGGGUGCCUGUAGUCCCAGCUACUCGGGAGGCUGAGGCAGGAGAAUGGCAUGAAGCCGGGAGGCGGAGCUUGCAGUGACCCGAGAUCGCACCACCGCACUCCAGCCUGGGCGACAGAGCAAGACUCCGUCUCGGGGGAAAAAAAAAAACAACUCAGCUAUCAGCUGUCACUCCUUUGUGAUUUUACAACGAGAUGCUGCUCUCCAUAGGGAUGCUCAUGCUGUCAGCCACACAAGUCUACACCAUCUUGACUGUCCAGCUCUUUGCAUUCUUAAACCUACUGCCUGUAGAAGCAGACAUUUUAGCAUAUAACUUUGAAAAUGCAUCUCAGACAUUUGAUGACCUCCCUGCAAGAUUUGGUUAUAGACUUCCAGCUGAAGGUUUAAAGGGUUUUUUGAUUAACUCAAAACCAGAGAAUGCCUGUGAACCCAUAGUGCCUCCACCAGUAAAAGACAAUUCAUCUGGCACUUUCAUCGUGUUAAUUAGAAGACUUGAUUGUAAUUUUGAUAUAAAGGUUUUAAAUGCACAGAGAGCAGGAUACAAGGCAGCCAUAGUUCACAAUGUUGAUUCUGAUGACCUCAUUAGCAUGGGAUCCAACGACAUUGAGGUACUAAAGAAAAUUGACAUUCCAUCUGUCUUUAUUGGUGAAUCAUCAGCUAACUCUCUGAAAGAUGAAUUCACAUAUGAAAAAGGGGGCCACCUUAUCUUAGUUCCAGAAUUUAGUCUUCCUUUGGAAUACUACCUAAUUCCCUUCCUUAUCAUAGUGGGCAUCUGUCUCAUCUUGAUAGUCAUUUUCAUGAUCACAAAAUUUGUUCAGGAUAGACAUAGAGCUAGAAGAAACAGACUUCGUAAAGAUCAACUUAAGAAACUUCCUGUACAUAAAUUCAAGAAAGGAGAUGAGUAUGAUGUAUGUGCCAUUUGUUUGGAUGAGUAUGAAGAUGGAGACAAACUCAGAAUCCUUCCCUGUUCCCAUGCUUAUCACUGCAAGUGUGUAGACCCUUGGCUAACUAAAACCAAAAAAACCUGUCCAGUGUGCAAGCAAAAAGUUGUUCCUUCUCAAGGCGAUUCAGACUCUGACACAGAUAGUAGUCAAGAAGAAAAUGAAGUGACAGAACAUACCCCUUUACUGAGACCUUUAGCUUCUGUCAGUGCCCAGUCAUUUGGGGCUUUAUCGGAAUCCCGCUCACAUCAGAACAUGACAGAAUCUUCAGACUAUGAGGAAGACGACAAUGAAGAUACUGACAGUAGUGAUGCAGAAAAUGAAAUUAAUGAACAUGAUGUCGUGGUCCAGUUGCAGCCUAAUGGUGAACGGGAUUACAACAUAGCGAAUACUGUUUGACUUUCAGAAGAUGAUUGGUUUAUUUCCCUUUAAAAUGUUUAGGUAUAUACUGUAAUUUGAUUUUUUGCUCCCUUCAAAGAUUUCUGUAGAAAUAACUUAUUUUUUAGUAUUCUACAGUUUAAUCAAAUUACUGAAACAGGACUUUUGAUCUGGUGUUUAUCUGCAAGAAUAUACUUCAUUCACUAAUAAUAGACUGGUGCUGUAACUCAAGCAUCAAUUCAGCUUUUCUUUUGGAAUGAAAGUAUAGCCAAAACAUAAAAAAAAAAAAAAAAAAUCCUCAGUAUAGCUUGCAAUUAAGACCUAGAUCACAGUAUUUAAGUGUUUUGCGUUUUAUACAUGAGGUCAGUGCUACAGCCACCUAGCAUGAACUAACCCAGCUUCCACCUCCAUAAAGUUACCUAGAGUUGUUGAGUUGGAAUAUGUUCUGGCAUUUACCUGACCUGCCAAUCAUUAGGGAGAGGCAACAAGGUAAUUCAGCCUUUCCUCCUAUCAGCACAAAGAAACUCAAAGCUGUUUUUUCCCUUUCUGUUCCAAAGCAGUCUAUCCUGACAGGAGCAGUCUAUACUAGUGCAGAUUUCAACACUUUUUUUUAACGUUUUAAUUACUAUAGUGUUAUGUAGAGAUUUGAUUGAGCAGCUAAUGUUUCUGAACUUUACUUACUAAUUUUCAGUGUCCUUAAGGGUUCUGUAGUGUUAUCAAAGCAAAACGAAAAUGCUGCAUAAAAAUACCAAACUUCAGCAACUAUUAAUACUCAGAUCAUAUACCUCUUAAUAAACAGCAUCUUAUGCUAAUUAGCCCUGCUAAACUAUGUACAGAGGAAACUGUUCAAGUAUUGGAUUUGAAAGUAAGUGACUUAUGUUUAACAGAACUAAUGAUGUAUUGAAACACUGUAUUAUGAAAAGCUAAAUUAUACAUCAUUGUAACUAUGUAGAAAGUGUAGACUAAUGUAUAAUCAAAAUGCUAAGGAUUUUUAUAUGGCCUUGUGUGAGGGAAGUUUGAAUGUUAAUAAACAUGUUUUCCACUUUAA